ACAAAAAAUACGAGAGAGAGAGAGAGAGAGAGAGAAAAAAAGAGAGAAAGAAUCGCGAGUUCUCGACGAGAGUAACGAGGUCGGUUGAUAGUCCGGAUGCUGUCGCUACCGAGAAUCGAGGAAAUCCCGACUUCCAUUUCUUAGAAAGUACUACCAAUAAAGGGGCAUCCGUGCUUUCGAGCUGCUGACGCCCCGAGGGGUGGGCGUGUACGCUCGGGGUAUCCGGCUGGAUAACUUUGAGGUUUAGUGACGUAACUUGAUAUUGAUGUGAAUUAACGAUCUCGCAUGGCCGAGGUUCGCGGCGAUGAUGAGAGCGAAAGGGGAAAUCGAGAUCAUAAAGUGCCAAUCGGAUGUCAAGAGAAGAGAGUUCUGUCGAGUUUGUCGAGGCGAGUUUUGAUCGGAAAAAGUGCUGAAAAAAAAAACGAAAAAAAAGAAAAAAAAGAAUAGGGGACAAAAGUGUUGGUUCGAAGAUACGCGCGGUGAUUUUAUGUCUGGUACAGAGAAUGUGCUGAAACAUCGUCGAUAUCAACAAAAUGCCACGCAUAGAUCCUUUAUCCUUACUGAGAUGUCUCAGUGUUUUAUUGGGUCCAACAGGAGGGAUAAAAAGUAAAGAAGAAGUUCAUCGGUUAGCUAAUCUAAUGACAAAGUUUUCCAAGAAACUUGUUUCAAAAUGCAUUUAUAUACAAAUAUUAAAGACCACAAAUACGGAUUUGCUCAGCCAAUUUAUGACCGCCGGAGGGUGGAAUCUGAUUCACACGUGGCUAACGGACGGCAUUCUUGCCAAAAACUGGGCCCUCAUCCAGGAAUUGCUGGAACUCCUUUUACUCUGCCCAGUGGACAUUGAACGGCUGAAGAGCAAUAACUGUCCGAAGUUGAUCAAAGGUUUGUCGAAAGAGGGUAGUCAUCAAGGAGUACGAAUAUUGGCCAGUCGACUUGUGGAGCAAUGGCUGAAGAUCGUGAAGGGCGAGGCGGCGCCGAACUCUGUACCGGCUCAAAUAAUGACGGUGCCGGUGCAGGCGAGUGCAGCUGGAGGAGGACACACCGCUCCUACAUCGCAACAGCAGCAUUAUUCCGGCGAUCAGCAAAACGCGUCGGACGCUGUCGAGAACGCGACCGUCCACGUGCAGGACCUGAAGCUUGCGCAACAGUCCGCCGGAAGUACCACGGUACACCAAACCCAACAAGAUCAGGAACAGCAGCAACAGGAGAGGCUACAGCCGCAAACAGUGCAAGUACAAGUCGUCGGGAAGAGCCAACAAGCGCAGAUACAGCAACAGGCGACGCAACAGAGCAAAAAGCAAAUUGUUGUUGUAUCUUCGCAGUCGUCGGUCCCGGUCUACAAGAUCACCAUUCGCGAUGGUAAUCAGGUCCUCGCGAAAGUAGAGACAGAUCCCGCGAAUAUAAACAGCGUUCUAAACACGUCUAGUACUGCUAUAGAGGUUAACGGAAAUAUCACGGACGUGGCCGCGAUUUCCGCGAAGCAGGAGGCGAAGAAAGAGGAAGCGGAGGAACUCGAGGAGAAAACGCAGCAAAGUGACAGUGCUAGUAGUACUAGUGGUCAGGAGGACGCGGCAGAGACGAGACAGUCUGACAAUUCGGAACACAUUUCCAGUGAAGUGAAACCGACUGUAGUUAGUUCUAAGGACAAUCACGAUGCCGAUAGUGUUAAGGACAAUAAGGACUCUAAGGACAUUGUUAAUAGUGAUAGCAGUAAGUCUAGUGAUAAGGAGAAUAGAGACUCUCAUAAAAAGGACGAGAAGAAGUCCGGCGGCAGCUCUGACAAAAAAAGUAGUAGUCAUCAUCAUGGCUCAUCGUCCAAGAGUUCUUCUAAGCACAGCUCGAGUUCCGGUACCCAUCGCACCAGCUCUCACAAGUCCAGCAGUCAUCGCUCCGGUUCCAGUAGUAGCAGCUCGAAAAGCUCCAGCUCCAGCAAGGACAGGUCUUCCAAGGACAAAGACAAGCAUCACUCCAGCUCGUCCAGUAAACACAGUUCGAGCAAGAAUAAAUCUGAGCGGGAUAAAGAACGGGAGAAGGAGAAGCUGAAGAAGGAUCAGGCGGAGAAGGACAAGGCGACCUUGGAGAAAGUACAGGGUCAGGCGCUGAGCUCCAAAUUUGGCAAGAUACCGAAGAAACGAUCGGAGGACGAGAGGUCGAGCGACACGAACGGGAGGAAGUCUUCGACUGAUUCGCGGGAUGGCUCGAAGGAGAAUAAAGAGAAGGCGACGGACUCUUCGAAGAAGAUCGUCACGGUGCCCGAGAAGAAGGUCAUAUCGAUGUCCAUUGAAGUUAGAAAGAAUAAUCAGGACUCGACCCGGCCGAAAACUGUGAAGACGUUCAAUUCGAAAUUCCGAUCCACGGGUCUGGAAGAAGAGGUAAAGCCACCGCCCCCGAGGUCGAAGAAGCCGAAUCCUGUCGUUGACAAGAAAAUCAUACCGCAAAAAUUGCCCGUUUUGAAGAGGCCAUCGCCGAUAAGAGAUGCCGUCCCGCUGGUAGAGAAGCGCGCGAAGCUGUCGCUGGAUUCGCCAACGUCACCGGCGGAGGAGAAGAAAGGCGGGAUCAAGCUGAUACCACCAAAACCAAAACCGAUGGUGCUGCAAGAGAGCGAUAUGUUCAUGGACGCUCUCACGGCAUCUACGAAGAGCAAGGAACAAAGGAAACGCAAGCGCAGAGUUUCCAUAUCGAAGGACGGUUCCUCGGAACCUAAGAAGCAGGAAACCAUUACUGCCGAAAAUCGCGAGAGCACACCACCACCUGCUUCGCCCUCGAAUCCAGAAGAUAAGUCGCCGGUUGCUCUUAAACCGAAUUUCAAGUUUUAUCAAGAUACUUUGGAAAUAGAAGAGGACAAGGAACAAAGGGAAAAGGAGAGUAGCGAGGAAGAUUUGAAAAAGGAUAGAGAUCUGGCGAUGGAUGAUGACAAGGACAAUCGAGACGACGACGACGGAAGUAACACACCGACGCCCGAAGAAGAUGUGGAAGAUACGAAGGAUUCCGAGUCGCCAGAAGAUGCAUCUUCGGUAGUCUCGGAUUCGUCGAAGAGGGACAAUGUUAGUUCUUACUCCGAAAUACGAUACGUAGACGGGCUUAGAAGUGUUUUAUUACUUCAGAAACGCAAAGGACCUAAGAAAGUCCUAAAAUGGAAGACGGAUCUGGAAUCGAUACGUUACUUCGAGUUAGAUGAAACGGAGAGAGUCAAUGUGACGAAAACGUUUACCGACAUGAAGCAGAUGGAGAAGCAGAACGAGAGGGAAGCAUUCCAGAUGGCCAGAAAAUUAAAUAACGAAGAUUUAAUGGAGGAAAGAACAAGGUGGAAGCCUCUAAUUCCUAUCGAUCUUCCUCCUCCGUUAGUAGAGCCUGGGAAGGACAGCAGGGAGAAGGACAUCCAGUACGCCCGCGAGAAAGGCAUUCUCCAAGCGCUUUACUUUAACCGAAGCAUGAUUCCGGAUUCCGCCGCCGAGCCGGACGAAGAGCGGCACCACGUGGUGACCGACCCGAAGGUGAUACCGUUGGAUGACCUCACGGGUAAUAAGGAGAGCGAGAAGGACUUCACGUCGGUACCGUGGCCCGAGCCGAAGCCGCAGCUGACGCCCCAACCGCCGGCAGUCACGACGUUCCAUUACCCGACAUUCCCUCACAACCAGCAGCCGAUGAUGACAUCUAUGGGACCGCAGCCGACGAUGGGCCCCAUGCCGCAGAUGCCGCAACAGAUGAUGACUCCUACGCACAUGGGUCCCAUGGGCCAAGACAUGACGGGACCGAUGCCGGCCGGCGGUGGCGGCUGGAGAACGGGAGACGGCAAGGUCGUGGUGCCCGACGUCAGUAUGAAUCCCAUGGCGAACAUGUCGGCCGGUUUCGCUCAAGGGAUGGAGGGUGGACCGAUGGUCCCACCUGGCAUGAUGGGUCCACCGCCUAUGUACAAUCAGCAGCAAGAGGGCUACAUGAUGGGCCCGGAUGACAUGGGUGGUUUCAACAAUAUGAAUCCGAACAAUUUCCAGGGACCACCCGGGCCGAUGUACCCACCCGGGCCGAAUUUCCCAGGGCCUAGGGGAGUACCCAUGCACAACCGUGGCCGGGGCGCUCCCGGAUGGUAUCGCGGCGGUGGGCCCGGUAGGGGUGGUUGGAGAGGCGGCGGUGGUGGCGGCUGGCGAGGGAGCGGCAAGCAGCCGCCGGUGUGCCGGCAAUUUUCCAAGAACGGUUACUGCCGGGUGGGCGAGAAGUGCCAGUACCUCCACCCAGGCGUGAAUUGCCCGCCGUUCUAAGGCGUAGGAGACGAGGAUCCAGGCGACUGCGUCCUGUUUCGAAAUGACGUAACGCGUAACUGUGCAAGGAUCUAACCCGCCGUCACGUGUCGUCGUCCUGUCGACGAUGAAGAGGCGUCGAUCCUCGCGGUGGAGAUUUCGGAAACCGUUGAAAUUCAACGGUGUAGAGACAGCACAGUGCACGAGCGACUCGGCCAUGUCGUCAGAAGACCACCCGUCAUGUAAGACCCGGAAUUCGGGGUCUUCGCGGGAGGGUAUAGUGAAUGAUGACGCAUAAUAUCGUACAAAAUCUCCUCACGAGACGGCGACGCGAGCAGUCGUUUCAUCUCGAGAGAAGAUAUCCGUAGAGAGUCGCUGAAACCGACGUGAAACAUACGGAAGGCCAUGGUACACAGGGGAUUUCCGGGAACACGCCAUAUUCUAUGUAAUUAUGUUUCUAUGGGAACUUGUGGUCUCCUUUAGACGUUCUACAAGGUUCUAUGGGAUAAUAUAUCAUUGUAAUCGCGGUCGCUAUUACGAUACGAUAAUUCGGCCUCGUCCCUCGGAGACGGCGAGACGGACUGAUUCGUGUACCUAAGUUAUUCCUUAUAAUAAAUCUCGAUGUGCAAUUGUUUUAGCGUGUAAGUCUCAUUGUACGGUAUGUAAAGUAAGUAGAAAGAUUCUUCCCCGGUGUUUAUUGAACAAAAUCGGCAAGAACACGGGGAGUUCUUGUAAAUAGAGUUGCAUUUUCUUAGCGUGAAUGAGUGCGUGCGCGCGCAGGGUGUUUUAUACUUGUCGCGACAUUCUAUGUCAUCAAGUAUGAAUGCGUAACGAAGAGAGAAAAAGAGAAAGAAGAGAGAAAGAAUAUUACGUGAUCAUGUGAGAUUCGUCGGCUGCUGGACAGCAGAAGAGUGUCCUUGCGAACAAUGCGGGGAAUUAAAUGUUUAAAAAAUUCUACCUUUCGUUUAUUUUUAUCUUCGACUACUCGCCACACUCGAAAUUGCGUCGCCGCAGAACAGAAGAUCGUCACGCUCUCGCAUUUUAUUUCCUGCGUUGUUUACUUCCUGCAUAAGUGUGGUCACUGCCGAAAAAAUUACGGUUGUAUAACUGCCUCGGAAUUAAUACACACACGAAAUUAUAUAGCCGAAAAAAAAAGUUCUUAACGAUCCCGUUACUAUAUUCUAAGUGGAUUAUCUGACUGACACACACACGCACACGCACGCGCAUUAUAUUUGAAUUUUACGUAUUUCAAAUUGCAUUAUAUAAUAUCGCGUUUCUUUCGCGCAGAAAAAGCAAUAGAAUUCUGGGAAUAGGGAUCGAUUAUUAUUGUAAUGAUAUUCAAUAGCGAUACGCGCAAUGAGACACCAAAAGUUGUAACGCGGCAAGCGUUACACUUUUUGUCGUAAUAAUUUCCACUUGUAAAAUCCUUGUAAAUAUCACGAUUGCGUAAUAUAUAUAAAUCAGUAAUUCUGAUAGAGGCAGGUUGGCUUAAGUUUAAGUUCUGUUAAUAUGUAACGAAGGUGAUAGAAACUUACAACGGUAACAUCACGGUGGAAUCAUACGUGCAUCAUUCACAAGUAGAAGGAAAAAUCAUAACCGAUCGAUCUGACAUUAUUCAAAUGGAUUUUCAACAAUGUAUAAAAAUUGUGUAACGAGUUCUUCACAAAUCAGACUGUUACUAGUGUAGCAUAAAUAUAUAGUAUAUAUACAUACAUACUCAACACAUUGCACACACACACACAUACACAACACGCAUAUAUAUA